AUGUUGGCAAUAGGAGCUUUAGCCUACUCAACGGGACCUGAUUUUGCAAGAUUCAUGCCUGAGUUUUACAAGUAUCUGGAAAUGGGACUACAUAAUUUUGAAGAGUAUCAGGUGUGUGAUGUGAUUGUAGGUGUGGUGGGUGACAUAUGUAGAGCUUUGGAGGAAAAGGUGUUGCCUCGGUGUGAUGGGAUCAUGACUCAGCUUCUUAAAGAUCUUUCAAGCAAUCAGUUGCAUAAAUUCGUGAAGCCUCCUAUUUUUUCAUGUUUUUAUGAUAUUGCUUUGGCGAUUGGGGAGAAUUUUGAGAAUUAUUUGAUGUAUGUUAUGCUUAUGCUUCAAAGUGCAGCUGAAUUAUCCUCACACAUAUCAGGAGAUGAUGAUGAAAUGAUUGAGUACACAAAUCUUUUGAGUAAUGGGAUUCUGGAGGGAUUAUGUGGUGAUGAAUAUUGUGAUUGGUGUUCUUGGAGAUUGACUGAUACUAUGGGAAGCAAUACAGGGCUAUUGAUUCAACAAUCUCUUUCACGCAAAAAGUUCCUGAAUGAAUGUUUAUCAUCAGAUGAUCAUUUGAUAAAGGAGUUUGUUGAAUGGGCUAAGUUGGCAAUCAGUCGUGCUAUUUCAGUCGUGCUAUUUCAGUAUAAAGCUUCUUCUUGUCUUUUGCAAAACAUAAGCGUGAAUAUGACCACCACCAGCCACCAUGAAACCGGAUUCGCCAUCCCACUUUCAUGUUUAGCAGGUGCAUCGACAACAAUUCGCACCGCCGACAUCUCCUCUAUCUCAGAACUGCAGGAUAAUGUACUAGAUUCUGUUGUAACCGGUGAAAGAGAGCUCAGAGCAGCCUGGGUAAUCGUGUCAGUUAUAGCAGCCGACCCUGGUUGUUGCCUCCCCAUCUACCGUCUCUCCGGCCGGCGGAGAGGCCAACUGGGUCUUCCCGAAGACCUCAAAGUUUCCACCUUUAUGAGAAGAUACCCAAAUAUUUUCGAUGAAUUUCAUCUGCCUGACACCGGUGGUACUCUUGUUCCCUGGUUUAGAUUAACCCCAGAUGCCAUUCGACUAAACCAAGAAUCCAUGGCGGUUUUCCAGCAAAAUCAGAAAGAUUUCCUCGAUAGAAUUUCAAAGCUUCUUCUCCUCACAAAAGACACGAUUCUUCCUUUACAUACAAUCGACCAAUUGAAAUGGGAUUUGGGUUUGCCUUACGAUUAUCUCGAUUCUUUCAUCUCAAAAUACGAACAUAUGUUCUCUUUGAUUCCUCUUCCCCACAAUCGUCUCGCUUUAAAACUCAUAUCUCCACCCAGUGAGCUUCCCCUUUCCCAAUUAGAAACGAAUGCGGAAGAAGACGAUGUUAAAAAUGGUAGAUUAAGUUUUAAUGUGGGAUUUCCCACGGGGAUUUGGGUUAAAUCGGAAGUCAAUGAAGUGGUUGGAGGAAUGGCAGAGGCUCCCAUACACAUCGCCAUAUUCCGAUUCCAGUCAUUUGGAUCGACGGACGGAUGUUUCCGAGAAGAGAAUUGUCGGAGUAUUUCACGAACUUUUACAUCUCACGAUUGAAAAGAAAACCGAUCGCCGGAAUGUGAGCAAUCUCCGGAAUCCAUUGAAUCUUCCUCAGAAAUUCACAAAGGUUUUCGAGCGUCAUCCCGGGAUUUUCUACAUCUCAAAGAAGAACAACACCCAAACAGUUGUUCUUCGGGAAGCGUAUGAUCGUCAUCAACUUGUUCAGAAACACCCGAUCUCUGAAAUCAGGGAGAGGUUUCGAUGUUUGAUGAAGGAAGGGGUUUCUGGAUAAGAGCCGAGGGUUAUAUAAGAAACAAACUGCUGCCAAUUCCAAUUCCGGUGAAGAUGUUUGUGAAAAUGGGUUUGAAUCGGGGGAGGAAUUGGAGGGUCGUAUGUUUUCGGAUUAUGAAUCUGAUGAAACCGCUCAUCUUUUCCGAUUGUGUGAAUAGUCUUAAAUCUUCAUUCAAUCUGAUUCUGACAAAAUCCCAAAAAGUCUUUAAAGCAAUUGUCAAAGAUUACAAGAUCUACAAGAGCUUUCUUUAAAGAUAGAGCUUUGGAUAAACUGUUUUCACCUCCAUUGUUUGUUGGGAGUUUUGCUAAGAAUAUGGUCAUGGCGAUUUAUGCCAGUGGAAAGAUAAAUUGAGGGUAUGAAUUGAACACUUGAAGAAGCUUGGAGACUUUAGUGUAGAUGUUUAUUGAUGUAAUCAAUAGCCCAAGAGAAAUGCAAGAACUGAUACUGAUAUAGGCUAUUGUCUUCAACAGUUUGUAUUUGUAAGCACCUUGGUGACAGUUUACCUUGACAAAACCAUGGAUGUAAACCCUUAUGAUCAGAUUAAGAAACCAUAAACAAGAAGGAAAAGCAAGGGAUCUGUUAGAUUCAUUUACCAAUACUGUAAUACAGACUUGUGAGAACUUCCUACCAGGUGAUCUAAAAUUCUAACACAGAAGAAAUGAUUUUUUUUUCUUUUUUUUUUGAAAGGAAAUUUUCAGAUUAACAAACGAGGAGCUACAAAAAAUUUGGGUUUGGCAUCCAAGCAACCCAUCUGACUUUGAGUUUAUGAAAGAAUUGAUGUUAAAUGAAAUGAAAAAAAAAAGAAGGUCAAAGCAAUGGUUUUGUAAUAGAAGGCUUGUUCUUGAUGUGGUUUGGGGAGGGUUACAUUUGCGAUUGUAAGAUUUUUGUUGGAUUUUGUUGGUGUGGUUCCAUGUGUAAUGUGUUAAAGUAGUCCAUGGACUUUUGUAAGAGUGUAAGGUUGGCUUUAGUUGCGGAAA